CCACGAUGUAAUUUAGCUAGGUUCAUUACUAAAAAAAUAUACAAGGAAUCUGCCGAUACUAAUCAUGGUUGAUUGCUUAUUACGACUUUUAACAAAAGUGGGCCAUAUACUAUAAUGAACUGUCUAAUCUUUAUUUCGUGUGACCAAUAGAAAAACAUAUGGCAACAAUAUCCUUGUCUUGCGCCGCUAGUGUGCGCAGAAAAAUAAAAAAAAAUAAUAGGAAAAGAAAUGGCAGUUACUAGAGAGAAAGAAAAUUGUUCAAGAAAAAUUAAUGGAAAUAUACCUGCAUUAUCUCUCAAUAGUGAUAAUAUGUCGACAUCCACGGAUAGUGACGACGUAGCGGAUCCAACAUAUGAAAUUAGGAACAUUCAAAGUAUCAUAAACGUAACCCGUGAAAACAUUGAUGCUCUGAAUGCAAAAUUUGCUGGUUUCCAGCAUCCACCUUCAUUGUAUUUAUCAGAAUAUCAGGAGCUGACGUCUAAGUUGCACAAUUUAGAGUUAAGGGAACGGACUUUGAGGGAAUUGCUACAGUCUGAGUCGCCGGACAGAAGUGAGGAGUAUUCGUUGCAGGAUGACAGCAAAAAGUUCGAUACCCUUACGCGGCAACCAAAGGUAUUUCUUCGAGCGCACCUGCCGAACCAGCAGCGGACUAGUGUGCAGGUGAAGGAGGGUGUGACGCUGCGGGAUGCUCUGUCGAAGGCGCUGAAGCUGCGAAACCUGACUUGUGAGAUGUGUGAAGUAGUGCGGACAGGCAAUAACCAAGUGAUAACAUGGGAUAUCGAUAUUACCGCUAUCGACGCCGAGGAGGUGACAGUUCGGACGUUGGACAAACUGCCUAUUAUGUCCCACAUAUCACACCAGUUCACACGCAAAACAUUCUUCACGCUUGCCUUCUGUGAGUGCUGCCGGAGGUUGCUGUUCAACGGCUUCUACUGCUCACAAUGUAACUUCAAGUUCCACCAGAGAUGUGCUGACAAAGUGCCCAGUAUCUGUCAUCAGGUGCGUAUGACGGAUACGUACUAUGCGGCGCUAUUGGCACAGAACCCCGAGACUCAAGCAGGCAUCCUUCACUUUCCGCCACAUUUCGGCUACCACCACAUGAUCUCCAGAGGUGAUCAGAGCAAGUCUAUCUCCCCAGCAAAGAAAAUGAAGGAGUUUGAUGUCCAUUGGCAGCAACACCCGCGCUCGUUGAACCAGCAGGACAGGUCUAACUCCGCUCCUAACGUCUGCAUCAACAUGGUGCAGCGGCCCAUGACCCUGGCAGAGCACCAGAGGAAAUAUAAUCAGUGCAACAACUCGCCACAGUCACACAACUACCCGACGUCGGGGCGACACAAACAGGAUGACAAAGACAAGGCCUUGGACCAGCAGCAGAGUCAGAGCACGCAGGCGUCCCCGACGGGCACGCUGCGGCCGCGGCGGGCGCGCGCGCGCUCCGCGGACGAGUCCUGGAAGAACACGCUGUCGCCGCGAGAGAGCUACGACGACUGGGUCAUACACGCGGAUGAAAUACUCAUCGGGGCCAGGAUAGGCUCUGGCAGUUUCGGGACGGUGUACAAGGCGCACUGGCACGGACCAGUAGCGGUCAAAACACUCAAUGUGAAAACGCCGACUCCCGCUCAGCUGCAGGCGUUUAAGAACGAGGUGGCGGUCCUGCGCAAGACGCGGCACUGCAACAUCCUGCUGUUCAUGGGCUGCGUGUCCAAGCCGUCGCUGGCCAUCGUGACGCAGUGGUGCGAGGGCUCGUCCCUGUACCAGCACCUGCACGUGCUGGAGACGCCCUUCCCGCUGCUCUACCUCAUCGACGUGGCGCGCCAGACCGCGCAGGGCAUGGACUACCUGCACGCCAAGAACAUCAUACAUAGGGACCUAAAAUCGAACAACAUAUUCCUGCGAGACGACUGGUCUGUUAAAAUAGGAGACUUCGGUCUGGCUACGGCCAAGGUGCGGUGGUCAGACACGUCGACGGCGGGCGGCGUGCAGUGGCAGCAGCCCACAGGCUCCAUCCUGUGGAUGGCGCCCGAGGUCAUCCGCAUGGACGAGCCCGCGCCAUACACCUUCCGCUCCGACGUGUACGCGUACGGAAUCGUCCUGUACGAGCUCUGCGCCGGGGAACUGCCCUACGCGCACUUCAACAACAAGGACCAGAUCUUGUGGAUGGUGGGUCGCGGUCUCCUGCGUCCGGACGCGCGGCGGCUGCGGCAGGACGCCCCGCAGGCGCUCAAGCGGCUGUUCGAGGACUGCAUCAAGUUCGACCGCGAGCAGCGACCGCUGUUCCGGCAGAUCCUGGCGUCGCUGGAGUCCAUGCUGCGCGCCAUGCCCAAGAUCACCCGCAGCGCGUCCGAGCCCAACCUCAACCGCCAGCUGCACGCCUCCGACGACUACCUCAGCUACAGCUGCGCCUCGCCCAAGACGCCCGUCAACUUCCAGUUCAACACUGACACCAGCUUCCCGGCCUUCUAUGGCAUCCCAGUACCCAACCAGCGGCACCCGUAGGGGUUGUUGAAGGGCUACGACUAGCCGAGCGGCGCGGGCGGGCUGCCCCGCCCCCCGCGCUGCCGGCCCCGCCCCCGC